CCAAUGCUUAAUAUUCCUUUUGAAAUAAAUAAAAAAGUAUUAUCAAAACCCAAAUUCAUUAUCUGCAUAACCACUCUGGCAUCACACGGUAUGUGGGUACACCUGCCAAUGAUUGUAAUGAAACAGCAUUUGCAAUAUGAAAACAGUAUGAUGUUGAAAUUAAGAAUAUUUAAGUAUCCACUAUCCAGAUGAUGCUUUUACUAUAUUUUCCUAUAAUCUUGACCAAAAUCUCUCAGGCAGAUACAGUACAUUUUUAUAAAGAUGCCCCUGAAUAAGAUAUAUUUAAUUAAAUCUUUCAAAUACAAGGGAAGCAACCCCUUGUUUUUAGCAUCGCGGUUUAUGAGCUAAAUUAGCAACAGGUAAUACAUAUCCUCUUCUGGCAUGUGAAAUACUUUGAAUACUGCAUAAUUUCAGAGUCAGUCAUUAGAGUUAUUUUGUCAAUUAAAUAAUGCCAUUUGAUCCAAAAUAAUUAUUUAUCACCUGAAAAGUCCUUAAAUUUGCCCAUGUGCAAAAGAAUAUAAAUGAUAUAGAAAAUAAACUGUUUUACAAUAUUCUAAGAUAUAUUUGAAUGUUCUAUAUUAAAAAUAAAUAAAUAAACGUCACAUUGCCCUAAGUAAACGUUUGGCAAACGUUGUUAAUAACUUUUUAAGCAAAACUGCUUCUUUAAAAGACAUAAUAAUGAUAGAUUAUGCCAAACUCCCUAAUAUUUUAUUUUUAACAGAUCUCUUUUUAUCUUCAUGAGCACAGAAUGCUUUGACAAGAAAAAAUAUUAAAUUGAAUUUGUUUUUUGUUUUAUUUUUGUAAGUUAGAAAUCUCAAAAUGUCCAUCAUAGAUCAUAGAUAGAUAGAAAAAUGUAUAUUAGUUUUCAUAUUAAUAAGCCUAUUAGUAGUAAUAUCAUAGAAUUGUUGUUGUUAAUAUUGUUGGCUUUAAAGAAGCUGACUUUAAAGAAGAUGACUUCUGUCAUCUGAGGGGCACUGCAAAGACCGAAAAGCCCUUUAAAAUAAAUAUGGUUAUAAAAAUGCUGCAACAAUUAAACAACAUUUAAGAUUUAAUAUCUUAUGUUUGUUUAAUCAUUUUACAAUGUCUUUUAAGACUGGACCCCUGACUCGAAACCUUAAUACGUCUGUUCUGGGUCAGUAGGAGGGGCUUCAGUGUUCUGACACCAUCUAGGCCAUCCUGAGGAUGUGGUUUUAAGAUAGAUUAGGUAAAUGCUGAGCUGUCAGUCAAAGGAUCAGCCUGAAAAAUGUUACUAUGUUUGCUUAGUUUUCUUUACACGCUUGGAGAUGGCAGCUGUGGAGAGAUCAUUAAUCCUGUCCACACUGAGGUGUAUGGGGAGAGUGGAACUAAAAUAACACUGUCUUGCAACUACUCCUCAGCCUUUUCUUUAUAUUGGUAUCGUCAGUAUCCAGGAUCAACUCCCCAGUUCCUUCUUUUGCUACUGGAGAACGCCGGGAAGUCUGAAAACAUGAAACAUGGAAUGUCAAUGAAAUUAAAUGAAAAGAAAAUGUCUAUGGAUCUUGAGAUCUUCUCUGUGAAAGUAAACGACACUGCAGUGUACUACUGUGCACGGAAGCCCACAGUGAGUGGAAACUCGACAGCACCGUACAAAAACGUUGCAUCAGCCAACAUGUGUCUUCCUGUCAUUGUUAUUUUGGUUCUUCAUACAGGGAACAUCUUCGCAAACACAAUAACGUCCCAUGGCUCACAAAAACAAGUUUUAGAGGGUGAAAGUGUAACACUCACAUGCAACUACAGCGGUGUAGCCGAUAAUCUCCAGUGGUACCGCAAAAACACCAAAUCUUCACCGGAGUUCCUCCUUUACAUCUAUGAAAGUGGGAUGAAGAGUGAAAACAUACCACCACGUUUAUCACCAAGAAUUAAUAAAGACACCAAACAGAUUGAUUUGGAGAUCUCCUCUGCUGCAGUCACAGACUCUGCUCUGUACUACUGUGCCCUGAAGCCCACAGUGACAGGAAAACACAACAACACUAUACAAAAACUUGAAACAGAGAAAUGUAUUUUAUAUUUAACAUUAACACAAUGAGGAUAAAAUGAAUAUUUUACUGUCAAUACCUUUAAUUCAAUUCAACAUCUCAAGUAGAAUUUGUGAAUAAAUUAAUACCGAACAUGCAUGGAAUCCCUUUAUACUGUUACAUAAAUAAGAUUUCCUGGUAUGGCUUAGCUUUAAAUUAUUAAUGGUUGCAAAUAUGUAACCAACAAUGAAUCCAGUGCUUAUAUCCUUUAAUUA